AUGUCGCUCUCGAAUUUACCACCCAGGCCAGUUCGAAGCCUUUCCGAAAAAGUCGCCAUAGUCACGGGCGCCGGUGCCGCCGGCGACGACCUCGGCAAUGGGAGAGCAAUUGCGUUGCUCCUCGCCGAGGACGGAGCGUCGGUGAUAUGCGUUGACCGCGAUGAGGCUCUGGCCCAGAGAACAGUAGAGAUGAUACAAGAGCAAGACAGCGGCGCCGCUAUUGCUUUCCGCGCCGAUGUCACCUCGGAUGAUGAUUGCUCUCAGUGUGUCUCAAAGGCCAUUGCGGAAUAUGGCCGCCUUGAUAUUUUGGUGAACAAUGUUGGAAUUUUGGGACCUUCUGGGACCGCCGAGAAUGUCGAUAUUGCGGCCUGGUCCAAGGCGCUAGAGAUCAAUGUGACGAGUAUGAUGAUCAUGGCCAAGCAUGCUAUUCCUGCCAUGCUGAAGAAUGCGCCCAGCAACGGCAGCAUCAGAGGUAGCAUCGUCAACAUGGGCUCGGUUGCUGGCCUGCAAGGAGGCACGCCGAGCUUGCUGUACCCUACUAGCAAGGGUGCUGUGGUGAAUAUGACACGGGCAAUGGCUGCCAAUCAUGGCCCGGAUGGCAUCAGAGUGAACUGUGUAUGCCCUGGUAAGUCGCCCGAUACCCGAGCCGCCAUCCUCGCUCACACAAAUACAGGCAUGGUCUAUACGCCCAUGGUGUACAAUGCGGGCAGCGGCAUGUCGCAAGAAAUGCGAGAAGCCCGCCGCAAUCGCAGCGUUCUAAGAACUGAGGGUAACGCUUGGGAUGUUGCCAGCGCGGUUCGGUUUCUGGCGGGCAACGAAGCGCGGUGGAUUACCGGCUGCAGCACAUGCACCAAACGGCGCAUCCGGUGUGACGGCAGACGCCCGACCUGCAUGAAAUGCCAGAAAAAGGGUCUCGACUGCCCCGGCUACGGCCCGCGGCUGCGAUGGGCUGAUGGCGUGGCGGUUCGAGGCAAGCUCAAAGGCCGGCUGCCGUUCGCUCAGCAAACGGCGGACCAGGCGCAGUCGAGCUCAGCCGCGACAUGCGCGGCCGGAAUGCAGCUGAUGCCUAUUCCGCCGCCCGAUAUGUUGCAGACGACGCUCAGUAAUUCGUUGCCACAGUUGAUCGAGUACUACGACAAGAACCUGGCCGGUUUGAUGGUCUGGGUCGACUCGGCGGAGAACGCCUACCGGCAGGCCGUGCUGCCGCGGGUGAGGCAUACGCCUGGCCUCAGGCUGGCUGUGGCUGCGUUCGCCUCUCACCACGGGUCGUCCCGCUUCCAGCAUGCCAUGGAGCUGUUUCCCGAAGCCGCCCGCGAUGCCUGCCUCGGCAUGAUUCAUACCCGCGUGCAGGACAUGACGAGUCGGCUGACCAAGGGCGCCGAGCUCGACAGUCAAACAGACAUUGCAGACGCGGAGUGGAUGCUGGCGUGCAUCCUCAUGAUUGCCUGCUACGAAAUGUCCAACUCGCAGGCCUCUGCGGCAGAGGGACAUAGGCUAGCAGCCAGAACCCUGGUCAACGUGUUUGGCAGCAAAAGGGGGUACAAUGACGGUCUCUUUGCAUUUCUUCGAAACCAGCUUUCCAUCUACGAUGUUUUGGUGUCGACGACUUCUUUUAGCCUGGAGGACAUCCGGAACACUGUCAUGCCAACGCCUGGCUCUAAGAACGUCUUGUUUGCCGACUACCUCACGUACCUCCACCAAGUAACGCUCGCUUCAAGGUACCCAUCGCCGAUACCAGAGGAAGUGAGUCUCCUAUUUACCGACUUCGACUUUUCACCUCAUUCGAUUCGGUCGAAAUUUACGCAAGCAAGAGGCGCUACCCUGAUUGCCGCCGGACGACUGGGCAUCGAGAAAGCAACGAUGCGCCGGGACUUUACUCGCUUGGUGGAUGUCUAUCACUAUGCCGCUGUCUUGUAUUCCUACCGCUGCCUCGGUUAUGCUACGGCAGAGAACCCGGACUGGCAACCUACGGUGACUAAGCUAUUCGAACAGCUUCUCUGCUUUCAGUAUCCAGGCAUCUGUGUUCAAAACCUGCCUUGGCCCAUGUUCGUCGCAGGGACGGAAUGUUGGGGCGAUGCGCAGCGACAGCAAACCGUUCGCGAGCUUCUGGGCAAAGUUCUCGCGGCUACCAAUUUUCGCCAUUACGAGGGCGUCUUGGGGUUUCUGAAUGCAUUCUGGACCGGAAACCAGCCAGACUGGAGAUCUCUAGCUCAAGACUUGCAAACGAAAGGGUUUCGAAUUUUGGUGAUUUAA